AUGGACGCCGAAGAGGCUGAGAAGUUGGCCCCUGGCACCAAUGCUGUGGUACCCGACGCCACGGUUCAGGCAACUGGAGAAGAGACAGCCGACGCGACAACGCAUGACGGCAAAGAGUCAACGAAAGGAUCCGAGGAGUUGGCUGCAACAGGCAGCCUGCAGGACAUUCAAGAAUCGAUGGAGGAAGACAUGGCGCUCGGUGACCGCAAGCCUUCGCCGCUCCUGCGUGGUAUGGGUGCCCUCGACGGCAGCAUGCGUGUUCACGACUCCAUCCUCCAAAUAUUGAGGCUCAACAGUUCACCCUGUCACAUUCAGACCAUCCUCCAGGUUAAGCCAAACCCGCCGCUGGGUGAGCUCGCAGAAACUGCCGACCAUGUCGUCAGCGCCUUUCUACCCCAGCCACCUGUUUUUGUCGAUGCCGCUGCCACCACGGAGCACAACUCCGAGCUCGCUAGCCCAGUCGACGAAACUGCCCAUCUGAUGGAUUCUAUUCAAAGGCAUCUGGAUCAAUGCCCUCCAUUGUGCCCCGAAACAAACCCCCAAAGCCUAGGCCGAAAAGCCGAUACAACGCACCAAAGCGAUGAAAGCCGCUGCUACUAUCAAUGGCGCUUUGGCGAUUGA